UCUCUGAAACCUUCCAUUCUCUAUCUCCACUCAUAAUAUUUUCUAUUCCCGUUUCCAUGAUCCCUCGAUUAUUACAGCCGUGGCGGCGGCCUGGGAUGAUCCCACACUCUCAUCAUGAUACAAGAAAGAAUGCAGUCGACCUCGCUGUCUUCACUUCUUGAAUAUUAUUGGUCCUAAUGAUUUAUAUUUUAUAUAUGGGAAUUUGAAUGAUCAAUUUUGUUUAUAUAUAUUUGUUUAAUUAAAAGUAGUCAAUAAUUAAUGGCAUCGGUACUUGGUGAGUUGAUGAUGAUAUUGAACAAGAUUAAUAUGAGAUGCAGAUGCAGUAGGCUUUUGUGUUGGUUGGCUUUCAGCUUCUUGGCUGUGACCUUGGUCUCUUGCAAAACUGACUCCUCCGACGUUUCUGGUCUGAAUGUUAUGUACACCAGCAUGAAUUCUCCUUCCGUAUUGGAUGGCUGGACAUCAAGUGGAGGUGAUCCUUGUGGGGAAUCUUGGAAGGGAAUCUCAUGCUCUGGAUCAAAAGUAACUGAAAUUAACCUGUCUGGCUUGGGACUUACUGGAUCAUUUGGCUAUAAACUUUCUGAUUUGAAGUCUGUGACGCGAUUUGACCUGAGCAAAAACAGCUUCAAAGGCAAUAUACCUUAUCAACUUCCUCCCAAUCUUCAGCUCAUAGAUCUAUCUGGAAAUGAAUUUGAUGGCAAUGUACCUUACUCAAUCUCCCAGAUGACUGAUCUCAAAGAAAUGGAUCUCAAUAAUAAUAAGCUCAAUGGACAAUUGAGUGAUAUGUUUGGAAAGCUUUCUAAACUCACAAAGAUGGAUCUCUCUUCCAAUUCACUAUCAGGCGAAUUGCCCCAGAGUUUCAAGAACCUCUCAAGUCUCACCACUCUGCGUUUGCAGGAUAACAAAUUCACGGGUUCAAUAAAUGUCCUUGCUAAUCUUCCUGUCGAUGAGUUGAAUGUCGAAAAUAAUAAAUUUACUGGCUGGAUUCCAAAUGAGUUGAAGGACAUUAAGAAAAUAAAGACUGGAGGAAAUUCUUGGUCGUCUGGUCCUGCUCCUCCUCCUCCUCCUGGGGUAACAAGUCACGUUAGGCAUUCAAAAGCAGAGGAGGCUAAGAAGUCGGGUCUAAGCGUAGCCGCUAUUGUUGGAAUAGUAUUGGGUGUUUUAGUUGUGCUUGGCCUCCUUAUUGCUCUAUUCUCAAAGCGGAGAUCUCCGCCUUCAUCACAUUUCCUUGAGGAAGAUAGACUUAGCCAAAGGAGGCCUUUUGCUCCACUGUCAUCUGGGCAGUUAUCUAAUGAUUUGGAUGCUGAAUCACGAGCAGACUUGAGAGAAGUGAGAUCACCCAAAGCAUCUCCCUUGAUUCAAGUUAAAAGCGUGGGCACAUCCUCUUCAAUAAGACUUAAGCAUCCGCCUUCAGAUCACCCUAAAUCAUUCAACAACAAUGAGAAUACAAAUCUUAUGAAUGCCAGGACCAGUUCAAUUCAUGUUGCUCCUUACCCUCUGGCUGAGUUGCAGACUGCCACUGGUAAUUUCGCAACGGGCCGUCUUCUGGGUGAAGGAUCAAUUGGCCGUGUCUAUCGGGCAAAGUAUGGGGAUGGGAAGGUUUUAGCAGUGAAGAAAAUAGACUCGAUGCUUUUUCGAGGGCAACAAGGGACAGAAUUUGCAGAAAUUGUUUCAGACAUCACUAAACUCGACCACCCAAAUAUUUGUGAAGUUGUUGGUUAUUGCUCAGAGCAGGGGCAGAUCAUGUUGGUGUACGAGUACUUUAGGAAUGGUUCACUUCAUGAAUUUCUGCACCUGUCAGAUGACUUUAGCAAACCGCUUACAUGGAACACCAGAGUCAGAAUUGCUUUGGGGACUGCCCGUGCAAUCGAGUACCUGCAUGAAGUUUGCUCGCCAUCCUGUGUUCACAUGAGCAUAAAAUCGUCCAAUAUUUUGCUGGAUGCUGAACUGAAUCCCCGUCUCUCUGAUUGCGGUUUGGCCCUACUUUAUGAGCGUAGGAGCCAGGAGCUUGAGACUGGAUAUAAUGCACCGGAAUGCACAGAAGUUUGUGCAGACCCUGUAAAGGGUGAUGUUUACAGUUUUGGGGUGGUAAUGUUGGAGUUGAUGACGGGACGAAUGCCUUUCGAUAGUCGAAAGCCCAAGUACGAACAGAGUCUUGUCCGGUGGGCUUCACCACAGCUCCACGACCUAGAUGCAUUGGGGAGAAUGGCGGAUCCUGCUUUGCAUGGAUUGUACCCGCCAAAGUCUCUUUCUGGAUUUGCGGAUGUGAUUGCUCUGUGUGUGCAGUCGGAGCCAGAAUUCCGGCCACCCAUAUCCCAAGUUGUGCAGGCGUUAGUUCGAUUAGGUCAAAUGAACCAAAGAGGAAUGGAUUUUAGCACAUCUCAUCGAAUCGAUGAUGAUGAUUACGACUACUAAUUGUCCAAUGUUUUUACUAUGUACAUGUACAGUGAACUGUUAUAUCUCGAUUUUGACAGCGUAUGCUUAAUUACUCUAUUACAUAUGAUGUUCAUAA